AUGACACCUGUUAGAGAAUUUGAUAUACGUGAGGAUGAAGAACAGCUGCUAAAGUUGCAAGAUAUCAUUGAUUUACUCGUUGCCGCCGGCUAUUUUCGGGCUCGCAUCAAAUCACUUCCUCAUUUCGAUAAGGUGAUCGGUGGAAUAGUGUGGUGUAUAACGUCAUGCAACCAUGUAGUUGAUAUUGAUCUGUUUUACUGCGAAAAUGCAACCAUUGGUCAGAAGAUAGCUUUAACUGAAAAAGUGGUGGAAGUGUUACCUCAGUUAAAAUGUCCUUAUACCAUUGAACCAUAUCAAAUUCAAGGCCUUGAUUAUAUUCAUAUCUUCCCUGUUGUUCAGUGGCUUGUUAGGGAAGCUGUUCGUUCGAAAGAGCAGUAUGGUGAUAGUAUACGAAGUCAUGCUAUAUAUCAGUUCGCUCAACGAUUCCGUUUUUCAAAGGAUAAAUAUAUGGAGAAACAAAGAAAUAUUUUUUUAAACAACUGUAGUAAUGUGAAAGCGAAAUGUCCACCCCAACGCAUUUAUAAACGGAAGGGCGAUGUUAAACCACCGGAUUUGCGUACCGAUAUUCGUUGCACUUUAUUGGAAUAUGGCUGGAGAGAUGUCUGUGAUACAUCAGUUCAGGAAAGUACUAAAUGGUCCAAAGGAGAUGAAAAUAUGAAAAUUGAUCAACUUCUCAUGCAAUUAUCACAUACUCAAAUUCAUCCAACGAAUCAACGUCUAUCAUCGAAAACACUGACUCAGAUCAUUGAUGUGUCAGACUUCGAUGCUGAUGGUUUAAAAGAGGAGAUCAGUUUUGUUCAACGAUAUCAGCGAAGGACGUCUGUAGUAGAAAAAGAAUUAAUGGAACUCAAAGAAGAAGAUAGACUUUUGGAUGAUUCGUUAAAAAUUCUCCAAGAGAACAAGGAGGCUCAACUGCGAGAGAUGGAUGAAAUCGACGGGAGAAUUGCAGAAUUUGAACAACUGGUUAACAAUAGUGGUGUGGAAACUGUAGAGAAGCUGAAACACCUGUUGAUUGAACAUGAUGAGAUUUAUAAGCGAGAAAUGGAUUUCAAAGUAAACUGUCGAAAUGAACUACGGGAAUUGGAUGGAGUCCUUCAACAACUGAAAAGAAAUGUGCUAAAGGAUGAUAGCGACUCGGUACGAAAUGCAAGCCUGGAAGCGAAUCAACAUCUAAUAAAUGUUCGGUUAGAGUUAGCAGAUUUAAAUCGACAGAUUGCAGUACAGCAACGCCUGCUCGAUAACGUUCCAGCUCAAAUUGAAAUCAGCCAGUAUCAGCGUAGAAUUAUCGAGCUUUACAAUCAAAUGGCAAGUAAACAUCGAGAAACGAAGCAGUUUUAUAUUUUACAUAAUACUUUGGUUGAUAUCAAAACGUUUAUGAAAAAAGAAGUUGACAUGCUGAACAAUAUCGACGACAUCCAAGACUUGGCAUCAAAGCAAAGCUACAAAGACUCAUUUGUUGAGAAUUUGCAGAAAAUACUGAAAGGUGUUGAUGCUGCUCUUGAUAAGAUAUCAACGAAGCAAAAUGAACUGCAAGCAAAAAGGGACAAAUUAUAUGAAGAGUAUCAGUACUUGUUGGAAAAAGAACGUUUGUAUUACAAAACAGUUGAUGAUUUCAAAAAUGCUUGCCAUGAAAAUGAGGAACUAAGGCGGAGAAUAGAAGGUUAA